AUGGCUGUCGUGCCGCUGCCCAUCGCCGCGGUUCCUACCGACGCUGCGGAAUACGCGGCCAUCGAAAAGUCGUUGCUUCGCAAAAUAGACUGGAGUUUGAUGCCCGUCUUCAUCUCCAUGUUUGUGCUCAAUUACCUCGACCGAAAUGCUCUGCCGAAUGCGCGAGUCCAGGGCAUUGAGAAGGACCUCGGACUUGAGGGAAACCAGUUCAACAUAUGCAUAUCGGUACUCUUUGCAGGUUAUCUUGCGCUGCAGAUUCCGUCCAACCUCUUGCUGACCCGAGUACGCCCUAGUCGUUACCUGCCGGCAUGCAUGGCCCUCUGGGGCAUCGUAUCUGGAUGCACGGCACUCGCUACGGGGUUCCAGAGCCUUGUCGUCUGUCGAUUCUUUCUUGGCUUUCUCGAAGCUCCCUUCUUUCCGGGGGCCAUGUUCCUGCUGACCAGCUGGUACACGCCCCGCGAGCUGGCGACUCGGACGGGUAUAAUGUACGCCGGGUCAUUGCUAUCUAAUGCAUUUGGGGGGCUCGUCGGAGCCGGCAUCCAAUAUGGCUUAGCGGACGUAAGAGGCCUGCACUCGUGGCAGUGGCUUUUCAUCAUCGAGGGCAGCGCCACGGUUGCUGUGUCGGUGGCGUCCUUGUUCAUCCUUCCGGAUUUUCCGUCGACCACGACUUGGCUGAGCGAUCAGGAACGUGCGGUUGCCGUCCACCGCAUCUCGAUGACCAGCGGUACAGCCGAUGAAGAGCGUGGUUCGCUGCUCCUUGGCUUCAAGCUAGCGCUGUUCGACUACAAGGUGUGGCUGCUGGCUGCCAUUACCAUUCUUAGAAACUCGGCGGAAGCGCUGUCUGCCUUUGUUCCCACGCUUGUGGCGACAUUUCACUUUAGCAAAGUAAACACGCUGCUGAUGACGUCGCCACCAUAUGUGUUUGCAGCCAUUGUGUCUGUGGCUCUGUCCAUCUCGAGUGAUAAGCUGGGAGACCGGUACUUCCACACAGUGGCGCCUCUGUCGGUAUCACUAAUUGGUUUCAUAGUGGCCGCCACCACCACCACGUUGGCGCCACGCUAUCUAUCAUUGUUCCUCAUCUUAGGCGGCACCUAUGGUUGCUUCGACGUCACUUAUGCGUGGCUGUCCUCGACGAUCCCUCGACCCAUGGAGAAGAGGUCAGUGGCGUUUGCGCUGGUCAACACCAUCUCCAACGUUGCACAGGUGUAUUCGCCCUAUCUCUAUGACAAGAAGGACAGCCCACGCUACCUAACGGCCAUGAUCGCGGACGCCUGCUUUGUGGUCGGCGCGAUCUCGAUGGCAACAGUGCUGUACUUUGCGCUGAGGUGGGAAAACCGCAAGCUGGAUGCGGCUGAAGCACGCUGCCAAGGCCACGAGGAAGUGAACGCCAACGAUGAGGAUGGGCCGCUAGAUGGGGCGAGGAUCGCGGGAACCGCGCCGCUUGACCCGUCCUUUAGAUACAUGCUGUAG